AACAUUAAAAUUUCAAAAACAUGCAUUCCACCAUCUUCUUCCUCUUCCUCCUCACCACCACCCUCACCGCCCAACCUCCACCAGCUCCGGCACCAGCACCCUUAUCCGAAACCUGCAACGGCAUCUACUUAUCGUAUACGUACACAUCCGGAGCAAAAAUCCCACCCGAACUCAAAUCCGACCCCGAAAAACAACCAUACCGCUUUAAAUCAACGCUCUUAGUGUUAAACAACGCGGCUGACGAGCUUAAAUCAUGGAGGGUAUUUGUCGGAUUUCAGCAUGACGAAUAUUUAGUAUCGGCUUCUAACGCUGUGAUUGCGGAUGGGUUGGCUACUCUUCCUGGUCCGGUUGGGAAUGGGACCGUUUUGGCUGGGUUUCCAAAUGCAGAUCUUAAAACCGCCAUUGAGACCGCUGGUGAUUUGAAUCAAAUGUCGGCUCGGGUGGUGUUAGUCGGUACAGAAUUUGGAGUUGGCGAGCCGGAUGUUCCCAUGCCUGAUGAUAUUUCUCUUGAUAACGAAGGGUGGCUUUGUCCUUCAGCUACCAUGCAAGGAAGUAGGGUGAUGGAAGUUUGCUGUACAAAAGAUCCAAACCCCAUUACAACCACCCCUCCACAAGAUGAGUAUCUUCCACAUCAGACCGGGGACCUCACGAUCAUGUACGAUGUGAUCAGAACCUACGAAUCCAACUACUGGGCUUCGGUCACCAUCGAGAACCACAGCCCUCUAGGCCGGCUCGACAACUGGAACCUAACAUGGGACUGGAUGCGAGACGAGUUCAUCGCGGACAUAAAAGGGGCAUAUCCGUUCACUCGCGACUCAUCAAGUUGCAUAUUCGGCUCGCAAGGCUCGUUUUACCAAAAUAUGGAUUUCUCAAACGUCCUAAACUGCGAAAGACGACCAACCAUUAUGGAUUUACCACUCGAGAUGACCAACAACACCCAACUCGGAAACAUCCCGUUUUGUUGCCGAAACGGCACCAUCUUGCCGCCCACAAUCGACCCAAGCAAGUCGAAAUCGGCUUUCCAGAUACAAGUCUACAAGAUGCCACCGGAUAUUAACCGGUCGGAGCUCAUCCCACCUCAAAAUUUUAAGAUAAGUGGUCGGUUGAACCCGGAUUAUAAAUGUGGCCCGCCGGUUCGGGUUAGCCCGAGUCAAUUUUCAGACCCUAGUGGCCUACCCGGUCCAACCGCGGUAUCCAGCUGGCAAGUGGUGUGUAAUAUAACACAUGCUCCGGGUUUGGCCCCGAAAUGUUGUGUGUCGUUUUCGGCUUACUAUAACGAGUCGAUUAUACCGUGCCCGACUUGCGCUUGCGGGUGCCGGGGUAAAAGCCCGGGCGCAUGUAGUGCAACUUCACCGGCGUUGUUACUUCCAUCUCAAGCUCUUUUGGUCCCCUUUGACAACCGGACAGCACUCGCUACGGCUUGGGCUAGCAUUAACCACCGAAAUAUACCGAAACCGUUACCGUGUUCGGACCACUGUGGGGUCAGUAUUAACUGGCACUUGCUUACGGAUAAUCGAGGUGGGUGGUCUGCUCGACUUACUCUUUUUAAUUGGGAAGAUUCUGCAUUUCCUGAUUGGUUUGUUGCGGUGCAGAAUGACUAUUUUACCCCUGGAUUUCAGAAAGCGUACUCGUUUAAUGGGACAACUCUAGAAGUAAAUGGAAAAAAUAACACCGUUUUAAUGCAGGGAUUACCCGGAUUGAAUUAUCUCAUGGGGGAAGUUGACGGGGUUAACCCGGGGAAAGACCCGCGAGUACCCGGGAAACAACAAUCGGUCAUUUCGUUCACGAAGAAAAAUACACCGGGGAUUAAAGCUGAAGGUCGCGAUGGAUUCCCAACUAAGGUUUUCUUUAACGGGGAAGAAUGUGCGCUUCCGGGGAUAUUUCCAGCGAAUGAUUCGGACAGGAAGAACUCCAAGGGGUUAUUAUUCAUAGUUGUAGCAAUUAUUGUUUUGAUGUUGAUGUAGAAUUGACAACAUUGCAUGUUGAUUUGGGAUUAUUUUGUUAUUUUUUUUUUCUUUUGUAAAAGAACAUUGAGGUAAACAGGUCUUUUAAGUAAUUGUGUGUCAUGUGGAUUUUGGUUGUUUGCAAAAGAAAUUUACAAGUUUGGAAA